AAGAAUGCUGCUCCAACGAGCAUGGCGGCGAUCGUCCGUGCUGUCUAAAGCAGAGAGCUUGCGAGCCCACUACUCGUCACACAACAGGAUGCGUUUGCGCGAUGCGCUGCGAGGUCAUACUGCUGCUGCCCCAUUGCACGAGUUUACCAACUCAAUCGAACCAGCGCCAACUUGUGUCCUCCAUCCCAUAGCACUGAACAACGUCGCAGCGGCAACCGCGUUGCUCGUGCAAGAACACAACAACUCUUCAGCGCGUGACACAAGAAACAAUAUUGGAUUGGCUCUGCGACAGGCGCUCGAUACCGACACAUCGUUGCUUCCUUCAUUGAUGUUCCAGGCGGUGUCGGUUCAUGCAACGCUGCCGUCUGACGUAUUCGAGGCCCUCGUUGCACACUGCCGCGACCACUCGCUGUCAAAACUGGCCACUUCGCUCGCCCAUGCUAUCCACAACGACUUGGCCCCACUGCCUUCAUCACCUCACGACUUUAUCACCAUGCUCGUGGACUGUGGUGCCAAUCGCGCCGCCGUAACAGUGUAUGAGAAACUGCAGGAAAGCCACGUCGUGCAUUUGCUCCCAACGCAGGCGAUUUCCAUGCUAUCGUGUCUACAGUGUGUCUACGAUGGAGUCACACCUCGAACGAAGCUCGAGGACAUCCAAACGGACGCCGCAUCGAUCGUUCGAUACUUUCACUACGGUCAUAAGAACAUGGCGAAGGAGGUUCUCGACCUCCUCAAACGUCACGACCAUGUCACUCCACCGGCAUCGCUUGUCCACCAACUGGCUGUCGACCUGAAAACAGUGGGGGCGGACAUCACGCCGUUACUCGAGUAUGCUGUUUUCGAUCGACAAUUGGUACUCGAGCCACACGUGUACCUGACGUGGCUCCAAACCGCGCCGAUGGAUGCGGCCGCGCCAAUGCUGUUGAAGGCCCUCCCUUCUAUCUUGCUCAACUGCAUCUACGGCGACGAGUCCAAUGAGAUAGUCCGCGCGGCCACUCGACAGUGCUUCCGCCAAACAAGACUCUCCCUGGCGAUGGAAUUCUUCAAAGCCGCGUCGCAAAUUGCCGCCCCGCCGCUCGACAAGGACGAUUCGGAACGAUUGCAACCACAACAAGUUGAAGUCAUUUGUCAAGCGGAUGUCGGGUUGCAAUGGGUCAUCACUGCAUUACAAUCCUUUCGUGCCGAGGAAGGCGCUUCGGCUCGUGUGGAAGCGCUGCCCUCGCAUUCCGGCAAAGAGCUGGCCAUUGUCUCGUUGUACUUGCAUCCUCGUGUCUCUCCCGAGGUCGCCGCGGAAAUCGCUCGAUUAGCUCCCGUACGCUUCACCAAGAAUUCACCGCUUGGCGAUCUGCUGGUCAAGUCUGGGCUGUAUCGGAAGCUCACUCGUGCCUUGUGUUUUGACGGGCAAGUUGAGCUCGCGACGUCCCUGUUUGCAUGGCUCCAAGAUAUUCAAAAUGCAGUUGUGCCCUUGGACAUCUGGACGCUGUUCUUUGGGAAAGCCCGACGCCUCAUCACUGACAUUUCAGACGAGACGAACCACCGACAACGUCUUCAAUCUGCGCUCCAUCAGUUCAUCAACCAAUUGGCACGCCAUGCCUAUGCGGGUGAAGACGUGGAUGAAGCUGUCGUCGCCGCGAUGAAGGCAGCGUUGCAUGUGGGGGAUGUCGCCAGCGCCGUACAGCUGCAGAACACGUCAUCAUGGGUUCCCAAAGACGGCACGCAGGACGCUUUGGCCACAGUCUUGGCAGCGGUGCGCGUGAUCGCCGAUCCAUUGAUUCAGCGCAGCGUGUCGAUAUAUUUCCUGGCGAGGAAAGCCCCGGGAGAGGACACUGACACAUGGCCAUCGACCUCGAGCAUCUUUGACGUUCUUGUCAAGAAUGGCAUCCACAUGGGACUGGGAACGUACCGCAAGAUGCUGCUCCAGGUUAUCCAUGACCUGGACAUGGUGACUGCCCACGCAAUGCUGCAGCACGCCCAGAACCACUCGAUUGAGGUGUCACCCGACGUGUUCACCGUAUGCUUUGCACAACAUGCGCACAGCAAGAGGGACCCGGCUGCCUUCGUGUCGCUCCUGAACAGCAUGAGCACGCUGGGUCUGUUGCAAGACAAUGGAGUUGUCUAUCAGGCGGCAAUUCGGGCGUGCAUUGCAGCCAAGAAAUCGAAACUCAUGUGGGGUUGUGUCAAUCGCGCCGAGUCGCGUGGAGUUAUGCUCGAUCGAGAGAUGCUGGGCGAACUGGAAGCACUCCUGUAAUGGAUCGCCCUGUACGAACCUAGGGCGUUGGGUGGGUGCACUGAGGGCAAGCAUCAGGAGAUGGCGCGCCCAUGUAGGUGCAGUUGUGGAGCUCGAGACAUCCCUCCUCUGUAAUCGACAAACUACCAAUAUAGAAUGCGUGCACG